AUGGAUGGAUACUACAAAGGCAGACGUGUCCUGGAGUUCCGGACCAUGGCAGACUUCACAAAGGGUUUGAACUUUGUGCAACACCUGCUCCCACAGCCCUGGGCCGGGACUGGACACGUAGUCUACAACGGAUCGCUCUACUACAACAAGCACCAGAGCAACAUCCUGGUGCAGUACCACUUCCGCUCCCGCAGCGUGCUCCUUCAGCGCACCCUUAGUGGGGCCGGUUACAACAACACGUUCCCCUACAGCUGGGGCGGCUCCUCGGACAUCGACCUAAUGGCGGACGAGAUGGGACUGUGGGCCGUCUAUACCUCUAUCCCCAAUGCUGGAAACAUCCUGGUGAGCCGCCUGAACCCGCACUCCUUGGAGGUGAUGCGCAGCUGGGACACAGGCUUCCCCAAGCGCAGUGCGGGCGAGGCCUUCAUGAUCUGUGGAACCCUGUACGUCACCAACUCCCACCUGGCCGGAGCCAAGGUGCACUUUGCCUACCACACCAACACCUCCAGCUACGAGUACACGGAUAUCCCCUUCCACAACCACUACUCCCACAUUAGCAUGAUGGACUACAACCCCCGCGAGAGGGCACUAUUUGCCUGGAACAACGGACACCAGGUGCUCUACAACGUCACGCUCUUCCAUGUCAUCCGCAGUGAGGCGUAA